AUGUUGCUGCAAAAACUUUUCUGUGGGCUAGUUUUAGUCUCAAUUUGUGCAGUACAUGAAUGCUUUGUUUCUGCGCAAACAUCUGCAGUAGGCGAUCCUGGCAUGAGAAGAGAUGGGCUUAGAGUGGCUAUCGAGGCAUGGAAUCAAUGCAAUGAGGUUGGUGAAGAAGCUCCAAAUAUGGGAAGUCCAAGAUGUGCAGAUUGCUUUGACCUCUACAAUUCUACAUCACCUAUCAGGCUAGUUCACAGGGUGACUGAGAGAGACAACAAGCUUGGCAUAUCGAACGCAACAUCCAGAGGAAGAAGAGGACCUCUUGAUGUGAACCAAUAUGCGGCAUGGAAGCAGAUAUAUUUGGGCACUAAAUGUCAAGUUCAAGGCAAGCCAAAGCCAUGGCAGUUUUGGAUGAUAAUGCUGAAGAGUGGAAACAUGGAUACAUUAGCUGCUAUUUGCCCUAACAACGGAAGAAAAGCCUAUCCCUUCAAAUCUGAUUCUGUAUUCCCAUGCUUCGGAAAAGGGUGCAUGAAUAUGCCAUUGAUCUACCACGACUAUACGACUGUGUAUGAAGAUCAUGGAAGCAAAAAACUGAGGGGGAGCUUUUAUGGAACAUGGGAUUUGGAUAAUGCUGCUAGUGUUACAAAAGAACUCAUCACACAGAAUGAUUCUUCAUAUUAUGAAGUGAUUUGGGAGAAAGAAGUUGGAAAACGGAGCUGGGAAUUUCAUCAUAUCCUCAAGACAUCUUUAAAGUACCCAUGGCUGAUGCUAUACCUAAGGGCAGAUGCUGCAACAGGGUUCUCUGGUGGAUAUCACUAUCAAACAAGAGGAAUAAUGAAAACAAUUCCCAAGUCGCCAAAAUUCACAGUAAAAUUCACAUUAGAAAUAAAGCGAGGAGGGGGUCCAGGAAGCCAGUUCUACCUAAUGGACAUCGGCAGCUGCUGGAAGAAUAACGGGCAGCCUUGCAACGGGGAUGUGACAACAGAUGUUACACGAUACAGUGAGAUGAUUAUUAAUCCUAGCAUAGACUCGUGGUGCAAACUGACUAGUCUGCAGUCCUGCCCUCCGUACCAUACCCUUCCCAAUGGAACUCGUAUUCAUCGCUCAGAUGAAGAAAAUUUUCCUUACGAGGCUUACCAUGUGUAUUGUACUCCUGGCAAUGCUCAACACCCUGAGGAGCCUCAUAACUUUUGUGAUCCCUAUAGUAAUCCUCAACCUCAAGAGAUACUGCAAAUUUUACCCCAUCCAGUUUGGCGAGAGUAUGGAUAUCCUACAAAGAAGGGUGAAGGCUGGAUUGGUGAUCCCAAAACCUGGGAACUUGAUGUUGGGAAGCUUUCACAAGCACUUUAUUUCUACCAGGAUCCAGGAACUGCACCAGCAGACAGAUAUUGGUCUUCCAUUGAUUUAGGAACUGAGAUAUUCAGGUCUGAUAACCAAGUUGCUGAAUGGACUUUAAAGAAAAAAGAGACCCUGGUUCCAUCACCUCUCUUCCACCCCUAUGAUCAAAUGCCAUUCGAGAUGGAGAGCAAAGGGGUGGGGGUGCAGAAUGGAGGGAAACAGACAGCAAUAUUAAUAGCAUAG